AUGUACGCUAAACUGUUCAUCGUUUGCGCUUUGGCCGUGGUAGCGCUGGCCCGCGAGUACCCAGCUGGAGUCCACCCCGCCAUCUGCCCCAACUACCCCUACUGCGAUGUCACGACCUUGGCUCGCUUCACACCCGACGGUCAACCCAUCCCUGAGUGGGUCUACAACCCAUCCAUUUUGCCUGUAGCACCCGCUGACCCCAACGCCGCCGCUGCUCGUGAGUAUCCUGCUGGUGUGAACCCUGCGUCCUGCCCCAAUUACCCAUACUGUUGGUGA